GAACUUUAUUCUUUUCAAUAUUCCCCCAUUGGACCAGACAGUAUACAAGGCUUUCCUAAAACUUUUUGCGUUCUUCUAAGCGCAGCAUAAGGAGAAAAAAGAAAGGAAAAGAAGAAGAAGAGGUUUGUUUUUAAUAUUGCGCUCACUGCAAAGGAUUAGGAGCCAUGAACUGGAUUCAGCGUAAAAUCUAUCUCUAUAAUGUCACUUUUGGUCUCUAUAUGUUGGAUUGGUGGGAGCGUUGCCUUUUCAAUACUUUGGUGGUCGUUUUGAUGUGGUUUAUUUUCUACAAUGGGUCACGAUAUGUGACUGAGGUCAGCAAGAGUCUUAUUGUAGGAGGAGGUUACAAUGAUCAAUUAUACGCCAUCGGAACUCUAGCCAUUAGGCUUACCUUACGAAUGAAUGGACUGGUUGAGGAUGGGCCAUUCUAAGAUGAACUGACAGACAUGUAUAUUCAUAUAGUUUAGCUGAAUUUUGAUGAGCAAUGAAAUUGCUAAUUUAGACGUAUGGGGAGGCCUUUAUAGUGGGACAGGCGCUAUCUAUGAAUUUAAUGAGGGCACACAAGGCACAAGCCCUAGUGCCUCAAACACAAGGCGGUGAUGUUAAUGAGUUGCGCCUUUGUAAUAUUUUAGUUUACCACUGUUCUUUUCCCCUUUUCUUGAACUGUUUCUUCAUCUAUAAAUAUCCUGCACUGAUUGGAAUA